ACACUCUCAGUCUGAGUGCCGCUCUUCUUGAACUCCUUAAGGGUGUCGUCAGUCUCUCCUGCGCUCCUCGUUCACUGGAGGGUGUGGGUGACUUAAGUGCCAGAAGAGCUUUGAAUAACAGAGAGAGAGGGGAGAAAUAAAAGGAAUAAGAACCCCAAGCCCUCAGUCUUACAGCAGCAAAGAGAAGACACAGGAAUAACCAUGCCUGAACCAGUCCCUGCAGAUAAACAGGAAGGGCAGGCCCAACAGGAGCCAACUGCAGAGGCGGAAGCGCAGCCAGAGAGAGAUGAUGCACCCCCCACAGAUGGAGCAGAUUCAGAAGCUGAUGGGGAUGAGCCAGGCAACACUGAGCUUACUGGGCUCUUCGUCGAGAAGCCACCAGAGAAUGUACUCGCUGUUGCAGGAGCGGAUGUCACUCUCAUAGCCAGGGUCGACUCCACCACCCUGACAAGAAAACCCACCAUGAAAUGGUUGAAGGGAAAGUGGAUGGACCUUGGAAGCAAGGCUGGGAAACAUAUGCAGUUCAAGGAAACUUAUGACAGGAAUACUAAGAUCUAUACUUAUGAAAUGAAGAUCAUCAAAGUGGUCGCUGGAGACGCUGGGGGCUACAGGUGCGAGGUAACGGCAAAAGACAAGUGUGACAGCUCCACCUUUGAGAUCUCUGUCGAAGCUGCACAGCAGGAGCAGCAGCAGGCAGAUAUUUUGUCUGCCUUCAAGAGAGAGGGUGCUGGCGAGGACGAGGGAGAGCUGGAUUUCAGCGCUUUGCUGAAAGCCACUAAGAAGAAGAAGAAAGUAAAAGAGGAACCAGAGAUCGACGUGUGGGAAUUGCUUAAGAAUGCCCAUCCAAGCGAGUAUGAGAAAAUCGCCUUUGAGUAUGGCAUCACUGACCUGAGGGGCAUGCUAAAACGUCUGAAAAAGAUGAAGGUCGUCGAGCCCAAGCAUAGUGAGGCUUUCCUGAAGAGGCUCGAGUCUUGCUACUCGGUGGAAAAGGGCAAGAAGAUUGUCCUGAGGUGUGAGGUGGUCGAUCCCAACACCCAGGUCAAAUGGUUGAAGAAUGGCCAGGAGAUCAAACCCUCAGCCAAGUAUAUCAUGGAGUCAAAUGGGAAUGUCAGAACACUUACCAUCAAUAAGACGAGCCUGGCUGAUGAUGCUGCCUAUGAGUGUGUGGUUGGCGAGGACAAGUGUUUCACAGAGGUGUUUGUCAAAGAGCCCCCUGUGACCAUCACCAAGCUGAUGGAUGACUAUCACGUUGUCGUUGGAGAGAGAGUGGAGUUUGAGGUUGAGGUGUCGGAAGAGGGCGCCAAUGUCAUGUGGUACUUUGAGGAUAUCGAGCUUCACAGAGACAAAGAAUCCACAAAGUAUCGCUUCAAGAAGGAUGGAAGGAAGCACACGCUUAUCAUCCAAGAGGCUACACUGGAUGACAUUGGAAUGUACCAUUGUUGGACAAAUGGGGGCCAUACCAAAGGAGAGCUGGAGGUGGAAGAAAAACAGCUGGAGGUGUUGCAGGACAUUGCUGAUCUGACAGUCAGGGCAACAGACCAGGCUAUGUUCAAGUGUGAGGUGUCUGAUGACAAGGUCACAGGAAAGUGGUUCAAAGACGGAGUGGAGGUCUUGCCAAGCGAACGCAUUAAAAUGACUCACAUUGGAAGGUUUCAUCGGCUGAUUAUUGAUGAUGUGAAGCCAGAGGAUGCGGGAGACUACACAUUUGUUCCUGAUGGAUACGCUCUGUCACUUUCUGCCAAACUCAACUUCUUGGAAAUUAAGAUCGACUAUGUGCCCAGACAAGAUCCUCCAAAGAUCCACCUGGACACCAGUGGAAACAUGGUCUCCCAAAAUACCAUCAUUGUGGUGGCAGGCAACAAGCUCCGUCUGGAUGUGGAGAUCACAGGAGAGCCAGCACCUACCUGUGUCUGGUCGAAAGGAGAUCAACCAAUUACAGGCACUGAAGGGCGCGUAAGGGUGGAGGCCAGGAAAGAUCUGAGCUGCUUCGUCAUAGAGGGGGCAGAGAGGGAGGAUGAGGGCAACUACACCAUCUGUGUUACCAACCCUGCCGGAGAGGACAAGGCUAUGCUGUUUGUGAAGAUUGUGGAUGUGCCUGACCCCCCUGAGAAUAUCAGAUGCACAUCCGUGGGAGAGGACUGCGCCAGCAUCGUUUGGGACACUCCCAAGUUUGAUGGCGGUGCACCACUCAAAGGUUAUCUCAUGGAGAGGAAGAAGAAAGGCUCCUCCAGAUGGACAAAACUCAACUUUGAUGUUUAUGAAUCAACUACAUAUGAGGCUAAGAGGAUGAUUGAAGGUGUUAUGUAUGAGAUGAGGGUGUUUGCCAUCAACAGCAUUGGCAUGUCUCCACCAAGUAUCACCUCCAAACCCUUCAUGCCAAUUGCCCCAACUAGUGAGCCAAUACGUCUGUCAGUGCAUGAUGUGACAGACAGCACAUGCAGCCUGAAGUGGCUCGCCCCAGAGAAGAUUGGAGCUGGGGGCCUGGAUGGCUAUGUUAUUGAAUACUGCAAGGAAGGAGACACUGAGUGGGUGGUGGCAAACCAGGAACUUUGUGAGAGGCAGGGAUUUGUGGUGCGUGGCCUUCCAGUGGGGGAAAAGAUCAACUUUAGGGUGGCGGCAGUAAACAUCGCUGGACGCAGUCCUCCAGCUUUGCUGGGACAAUCCGUCACCAUCCGUGAGAUCAUGGAGCAUCCUAAGAUCCGCCUCCCUCGCGAUCUGAGAACAAAGUACAUCAGGAAAGUAGGAGAAAAGAUCAACCUGACCAUCCCCUUCCAGGGUAAGCCUCGCCCUGUUGCGACCUGGUACAAGGAUGGUCAACCCCUUGACCCCCAGAUGGUCAGCGUCCGUAACUCAAACGUGGACACCAUUCUUUUCAUCCGCAAAGCAGAGAGAGAGCACUCUGGAACAUAUGAGCUGGUGCUAAAGAUCGAGAACAUGGAGGACAGAGCAACCAUCGUCAUCAGGAUUGUUGAUAAACCUGGCCCUCCUCUGAAGGUGAAGGUGACAGAGGUCUGGGGCUUCAAUGCAGCACUGGAGUGGGCCCCCCCCAAGGACGACGGCAACUGUGACAUCACUGGAUACACCGUCCAGAAGGCAGACUUGAAGACUAAGGAAUGGUUCACUGUUUACGACCACAACAGACGGACAAGCUGCACAGCUUCCGAUCUGAUCAUAGGCAAUGAAUACAUGUUCCGCGUCUUCAGUGAAAACAUCUGUGGCCUGAGCGAGGAGGCGUGUGUAAGCAAGAACACAGCUGUCAUCGCCAAGACAGGCCUGGAGAUCAAAUCAAACCCCUACAAGGAGAAAGACAUGUCCUGUGUGCCCAAGUUUACUCAGCCACUGAUUGACAGAUCUGCAGUGGCCGGUUACAGCACCGCCAUCAGCUGUGCCGUCAGAGGCUUCCCCAAGCCUAAGAUCGUUUGGAUGAAGAACAGGAUGAUCAUCGGUCAGGAUCCCAAGUUCUUGAUGCAGAACAACCAGGGAGUGCUGACCCUCAAUAUUCGCAAGCCAGGCACCUUUGACUCAGGCAAAUACUCCUGCAUGGCUGUCAAUGAUCUGGGCCAAGACGAAGUGGAGUGCAAGCUGGACAUCCGAAUUGCCGCAGACCCAGAGAAGAAGUGAGAAACCGAACAGCAAGGAAUGUGAAAUGAUAUGAACCAAACAGUGAAUGUCAGUAUUUAGAGUACACUGUCACAGAGUGAAUAAAAUAAAAUGUAGUGAUGCCUGCUAUAAAUAACGGUUUA